AUGGUGUCUGUCUUCUCUCCCAAGAAGCAGUUCUGUUCCAUAUCUAUAAUCCUAGUUCUUCUCUCUUUCUCUUUGUUACCGGAGUCGUCGGCGGCGGAGAAAGCGUCGGCGAUUUUUAUCUUCGGAGACUCAACUGUAGAUCCAGGAAAUAAUAACUUCAUUCCCACCAUUUUUAGGGCCAACUUUAUUCCUUAUGGCAUAGAUUUUCCCAACCAUGUUCCCACCGGGAGGUUCACUAAUGGAAAAAUGUCUACCGACUUCUUAGCUAGCUACGUGGGGAUUAAGGAAUUUGUGCCACCAUAUUUAGACCCAUCAUUGAGUAUAGAUGAGCUAAUGACAGGAGUUAGUUUCGCCUCGGCCGGCACCGGUUUUGACCCGCUCACGUCGCAUCUAGGGAAUUUGAUAGGAGUGGGGAAACAGUUAGAAUACUUCAAUGAGUACCAAAAGAGAAUUGAGUAUGCGAUUGGGAAGGAGAAAACGAAGGAAAUAGUGGAGAAUGCAGUCUACAUUGUUAGCGCCGGCACUAACGAUUUUGUUCUUAACUAUUUCUCGAUUCCAAUUCGCAAACACAAAUAUACAAUCCCAGCUUACAUGGACUUUAUAUUGUUUCAAGUUCACCAAUUCAUACAGGGUUUGAUGGAGCAAGGGGCUAGAAAGAUUGGAUUUCUCGGUUUGCCUCCAAUGGGAUGUUUACCUGCGGUCAUCACCUUGAAUUCCGUAAUACCCAUCUCCCAUCGAGGCUGCAUUGAUUUUUUCUCAUCGGUCGCCAUUCAAUACAACCAAAAGCUUCAAAUGAAGUUGAAUGAACUGCAAAUGAUUAGAUUGAGCGACAUUCAUCCUAAGAUUGUUUACAUGGAUGUGUUUAACCCAUUUCUUCAUAUUAUCAACAACGGUCAAGAAUACAAUUUCACGGAUGUAAACCUUGGAUGUUGCGGGACUGGGUUGUUGGAGACAUCUUUGUUGUGUAACCAAGGGUCGUAUGUGUGUCCGGAUGCAUCUAAAUUCAUGUUUUGGGAUUCAAUUCAUCCGACCGAGAAGGCUUACUAUUUAAUGUUUAAAGCUGUUCAACCUGCCGUCGAUUACCUUCUCAAGGACUGA